AUUAAAUACUCUUUUAUUUCAGCUGAAAGGGUGCCCCAUUCAGAGGGCCCAGGCUACUUUGUCAAUAUUUGUGGUAGAUUAAUCAUUGACAGAUAAAUUCCCAUAGCUUUCUUUGUUGUUGAUCUAAACAGCACUUUGUCCUUCCUAAUCAGGUAAUUUAUAUGCCAAAUCCCACUAAAUAGUCUGCCCACUUCAGCUGUAUAAUGGCUAAAGUUUCCUCAGGUGUGGCCUUCCUUUUACUAGCGUACUCCCUCUACAGCAGCCUACCAAGUUCAUUGUCAGUUUUUAUGAGAAAAGAUGAGGCAAGCCAAAUCCUGAGAAUUCAUAAACGUGCCAACCAUUUCUUGGAGGAGGCUCGCCAAGGAAAUAUGGAAAGAGAAUGCAAUGAAGAAAGGUGUUCGUUCGAAGAGGCAAGAGAGAUUUUCAAAUCAGAGGAGAAAACGGUGGAGUUUUGGUUCAUGUACAACAAUUUGGACACUUGUAAAGAGAAUCCCUGUAAGAAUGGUGGCAUUUGCAAGGUUAAGCGCUAUAUAACGGUUUGCACUUGUCCUCCCAGAUUUGGAGGGCGCCAUUGUGAAAUAGAGAAAUCUGAAUGCUGGUACAAGAAUGGUGGCUGCUGGCAAUAUUGCCAAGAUAAUGAACGUUCGCUUCAAGUGACCUGUUCCUGUGCGUUGGGAUAUACGCUGAGUGAAGAUGGGGAGAGGUGCACACCAUCAGAUCGCUUUCCCUGUGGACUGGUUAAAAGAUCAACACGCUCUUACAAGGAAGGAUCAGAUGAGUACAACCAAACUAAUGCUUGGGAUAUGACUGGGACGGAUACAAGAGUUGCUCAGGAGAACGUGGCCCACUGGAAUCAGUCAUUGGCUCACAACUCCUCAACAAGCCUGAAUGACAUGAUGGAGGGAGAGGCUGAGGAAGAAGGCACUGAAGAGAUGAAAGGAAACUUCACAGACUCCUUCAGCUGGCUCAACUUCAAUGACAGUGCUGAAAUGGAUGGUUCCAGGGUAGUUGGAGGCUCGCUGUGCCACCCAGGAGGCUGUCCCUGGCAGGUACUGCUCCAAAAUAAGAGAGGUUACGGUUUUUGUGGUGGCAGCUUAAUCAGCAGUCAGUGGGUGCUCACUGCGGCACACUGCCUGGAUACCGUUAUCCCACAUCAAGUUACUGUAGGAGAUUUUGACAAACAUCAGCGAGAACGGCAUGAACAAAAGGUGGGAGUUCGACAGUACUGGAAACAUCCUCUGUAUGACUCUAUGAACUUCAACAAUGAUAUUGCAUUGAUCCAACUGACCAGCAGUGUGGUUUUCAGCGAGCACGUACUCCCCAUCUGCCUUCCCAACCCUCAGCUAACUACUUUACUGAUUGGAGAGGGGGCAUCAGGAAUGGUUAGUGGAUGGGGUGCUACACAUGCCAAGGGUAAGUCAACUCGCUUCCUGAUGAAAGUCAGCUUGCCUGUCGUGAGCGCAGACACUUGUCGGCCGUCAACCGAGAAGCUCAUCACUGACAACAUGUUUUGUGCAGGCUAUGCUGAAGAAGCUCAAGAUGCUUGUAAAGGAGACAGUGGAGGACCUUUUGCUGUAGCUUAUCGCAGCACUUGGUAUCUCCUGGGGAUUGUCAGUUGGGGGGAAGGCUGUGCCGAAGUGGGAAAAUAUGGGGCUUAUACACGAGUAUCCAACUACAUUUCAUGGAUAAAAGAAACUAUUGAAAGCACAACUGAUUCUGAAGGACUUUCACGUUCCCUGUAACGGAAGCAAUUUUUUUAGUAUACUCUCUGCACAUUUGAUAAUUAUUUGCAAGUACUUGUCUACACAAGUUACCACUGCAGGACUGCUUCCUCAGCUGUUCUUGAAAGUCGCUCCAGUAUCCAGAAAUAUGAGGCAUGGGAGAAUUUACACACACAUCUUCAGCUGGGAAUAACUUUAUUUCACGUUUUUAAAAAUGAAAAUUUUGUAGACAAUUUCCUUUGGGUAACAGUGUGUAGUAAGUUUAGUUCACUGUUCUACACACACACACACACCUCUUGCAGUAGUCUUGGAGCAGUAACCAGGAUGUGAAAGAGGACUCAAGCAAUCAAUGUUACCUAGCCUUGGCAAUUUAUUUCUUACAAUUAUUCCAACUUAAAACAACUUCAUUAAAUAUUUAGUCUGCAGCCCACCACCUUGCCGAGCAUGGUGACUCAAGUAACCCCAAAUACUUAACAGUCAUAUUUGGGACUUUUUUUAACAUAAGAAUUGGAGGCAAUUGCUGUUUUGCAUGGGAAAUGUAUGUACACUUGUGUCGUAUCAGGGAUUCUCCCUGGCACCCAUUCAGAUUAAUGGCAUAAAACACAUCAUUAAAUAAUUUUUCAAGUGUCCAAUAUG